CGGAAUGCCUGGUUGCGAAGGUAGUGGUAGUGGUGGUGUGCUGGAAGGAGCAAGUGUUUCCUUUGGGUUUACUGGCUGCCAGACCUGGGUAUGCAUGUUCCUUUUGCAAACUAGCUUGCGAGGUGAGCCUAACCCUGUCCGAAAAGCAUCUUUGAAGCACGAAUUUACGAUGCCAUCCCCGAUGGAGGGAUCUUCCAGAGAAGGUGACCUGUUUACAGUGAAACAUGAGCUGAAAAAUGCCAACUUGACGGGCCAUGAGGAGAGGGUGGGCAUUGAAAACUUUGAGUUAUUAAAGGUGCUGGGCACAGGAGCAUACGGCAAGGUGUUCCUGGUGAGGAAAGUGAGUGGUCAUGAUGCAGGAAAGCUGUAUGCCAUGAAGGUUUUGAAGAAAGCCACUAUUGUUCAAAAGGCAAAGACUGCUGAACACACACGAACAGAGCGGCAAGUGCUGGAGCACAUCCGCCAGUCUCCAUUCCUUGUCACACUUCACUAUGCCUUCCAGACGGAUACCAAGCUGCACCUCAUUCUCGAUUAUGUAAAUGGUGGGGAGCUCUUCACACAUUUGGUCCAAAGGGUGCGAUUUAAGGAGCAAGAAGUAGCCCUGUAUAGUGGAGAGAUUGUGUUGGCACUGGAGCAUCUACACAAGCUUGGGAUCGUCUAUCGGGACCUGAAACUUGAGAAUAUUCUACUGGAUUCAAAUGGACAUAUAGUUCUCACAGAUUUUGGCCUCAGUAAGGAAUUUGAUCAGGUGGAAAGGGCUUUCUCUGUCUGUGGCACCAUUGAAUACAUGGCUCCCGAGAUUGUGGAGGGAGGAGAGUCUGGACAUGACAAGGCAGUGGACUGGUGGAGCCUCGGCGUGUUGAUGUACGAGCUUUUGACUGGCGGAUCACCCUUCACAGUUGAUGGAGAUGAGAACUCGCACACAGACAUUGCCAAGAGGAUUUUAAAGAAGGAUCCUCCUUUUCCCAAAGAUAUAGGACCACUGGCCAAAGACCUCAUCCAGCGACUCCUCAUCAAAGAUCCAAAAAAGAGAUUAGGCUCAGGUCCUAAUGGAGCAGAGAAUGUAAAGAAACACCCUUUUUACCAGAAAAUUAACUGGGAAGACUUGGCAGCUAAGAAGGUGCCUGCUCCAUUUAAGCCGGUGAUUCGGGAUGAGCUGGAUGUCAGCAACUUUGCAGACGAGUUCACAGAGAUGGACCCCACCUACUCCCCUGCAGCUCUGCCUCAGAACUGUGACCGCAUCUUCCAGGGUUACUCUUUCAUGGCCCCCUCCAUCCUGUUCAAGAGGAAUGUGGUGAUGGAUGACCCUGGCCAGCUGUGUGGGGGCUCUGAGAGGCCCGGCUCUGCCGCGGUGGCCCGCAGCGCCAUGAUGAAGGACUCACCCUUCUAUAUGAGUUAUGAGUUGGACUUGAAGGACAGUGCUCUGGGAGAGGGUAGCUUCUCCAUCUGCAGACGGUGCACAUACAAGAAGACUGGACAGAAAUACGCUGUCAAAAUUGUCAGCAAGAGGAUGGAAGCACAGACUCAGCGGGAAAUAGCAGCCCUGAAGCUCUGUGAUGGCCACCCUAACAUUGUCAAGUUACAUGAAAUUUACCACGACCAGCUCCACACGUACCUGGUUCUGGAGCUGCUUGGUGGGGGUGAGCUGUUGGAGAGGAUCCGCAGAAAGCAACAUUUCAGUGAAACGGAGGCCAGCCGCAUCAUGCGCAAACUGGUGUCCGCCGUCAGUCACAUGCAUGACGUAGGAGUGGUUCACAGGGACCUUAAACCGGAGAACCUGCUCUUCACAGACGAGAGUGAGAACUCUGAGAUAAAAAUCAUAGACUUUGGCUUUGCUCGCCUCAAACCACCAGACAAUCAGCUCCUGAAGACUCCCUGCUUCACCCUGCAGUAUGCUGCACCAGAGAUACUCAAAUAUGACGGCUACGAUGAGUCCUGUGACCUGUGGAGUCUGGGGGUCAUUCUGUACACCAUGCUGUCUGGCCAGGUGCCUUUUCAGUGUCAGGAGAAGAGCCUGACCCACACCACUGCUGAGGAAAUUAUGAAGAAAAUCAAACAGGGGGACUUCUCUUUUGAGGGAGAGGCCUGGAGAAACGUGUCGCAGCAGGCCAAGGACCUGAUACGAGAGCUGCUUACGGUGGACCCAAAUAAGAGGAUUAAAAUGUGUGGUCUCCGUUACAAUGCCUGGCUCCAGGACGACAGCCAGCUGUCCUCCAACCCACUCAUGACCCCAGACAUUCUCGGAUCCUCCACUGCCUCCGUCCACACUUGCGUCAAAGCUACCUUUAAUGCAUUUAAUAAAUGUAAGCGGGAAGGUUUUCGCCUGCAGACGGUGGACAAGGCGCCACUAGCCAAGAGGAGGAAGAUGAAAAAGACGAGUACCAGCACAGAGACCCGCAGCAGUUCCAGUGAGAGCACCCAUUCCUCGUCGUCCUCCUCCCAGUCUCAGGAGAAGACUUUUCCCGAGGGCGACGCCCACCCACAGCCCUCCAACAGUACUCCUCUCACCACCCCUGUCAACACACCUGUGGCCCUGGGAAUGGACUCUGAGCACCAACCAGUGCCUCAGGCUUUUCACUUCUCAGAGGGACAGUGAUACAGCGAGGGCAAAAGGGAAAUUCAGACGGUUUCAUGAACAGCAGGAAGGCUCAGACCGGUGUGGAGACAUCUCUCUUCUCUUUUUCUCUGUCCUUUGCAGCUCAUUGCCACUGGCUCAAUUGCAUGGACAUCUGCACGUCUCCAAAACCAAGCAUGCAGCAGGAUCAGCAACCAUCACCUCAAUAUCAGUGAAUCAAUCAAUCAAUCAAUCAAUCAUUCAAUCAAUCCUCACUAGCAAUAGCCUAUCCCUUUCUUUCUCUUUCACUUUCACACACAGACUUUAUCAAUCAGGGACUGGACCAGGAAGAAGUUGUCGCCGGUGUCCAAAAUGAAAAGGGCUGCCCUACUGCCGCAGGUCCAGACAGACAAUGGAGAGAGACACCUUCAGUCUUGGGCAUAAAAUCACAGCUCUGUCCGCUCCAUUCAGCUGUCUUUGUCGAUGCCUCCAGAGGUUUUAAAGGGAAAGUCGUAGUGUUUACACCAUGGAUGCUUUGUAUUUUUUUGUCAGAGGGAAAGAAGAAAUGCAACGUGCUGCAGCGUAACGUAACGUGGGUCCACUUCUCUUUUCUGGGAAGUCUCUGCAAGAUGGAGCAGGGUAUUUAUAUGUGAAUUUUACAGACUGAAAUAUAUUUAUGAUAAGCUAUAUUGUUAACUUAUUUAUGGUUCAGACCAAUCUGAAAAGGAAUAAUGGAUACAGUGAGUCUUUUAAAAAAGAUAUUUUGUGUACAUGUGUAUGUUAUUCCCUAUCAGCUCAAGAGACUGUUUCCAUGUAGUCGGAUGGUUGUUCAUAUCUCUUUUUAAUCUUCAGACAUCAAUGCUUCUACUCGGUACUUCAGACACAGUUAUGUAGACAUUGUAAGAUUAUUAUAGGAAGAGAUUAACACCAUUAGCCACUGGUCAAUGGUUUUAAACUAGUUUAUUGAAUUAAUGUAACAGACUUUUGAAAUUAUUUAUGGAGCCUGGUGAAUUUGGGGGUUCAACUGCAGCUUUGUCCAGUGGUCAAAAAAGCCAAUUUCCUUACAUAUAAGGAUUAAAGAAGCAAAAGUGUAAACAUCUUUUUUGUAGAAACAACCAAAUGUGGAUGUAGUAUGUUCAGCCAAGUCUAUGGUUUAUUGUUGUGUGGGGAAUACUGCUGCCUGAGGGGAUGUGACCCUACAAGAAGAAUUAUUUUUGCCUCUGAUGUGGGAGUAGGACUACUUCAAGUCUCAGCACUGCCGCUGUUCCUGAUCUGAUCCUCAAGUCAGUGUUUAGCCCAGCAGUGGAUUUGCCCUUCUGUGGUAUCACACUUAAUUGUCUCAUUAUCACUACGACCAGUUGGAUUGAGCAGAAAUGCCCCAAAUGGAAAAUUCAGAUCGGCUUAGUGCGAGGUGAAUGUGUCAAGGAGUCUGAGGUUGGGUUUUCUGAGACCCAAGAUGCCAAAGGUCAGGUUCAAGAGGCUUCCUUUUCAGAUAAAAGAAGAUAAAAAAUUUCAGAAAAGGAAAGGUUCAUGUGCCAAAAAAUUCAGUUAGAUGAGGUAAGGGUCAGGUUUGAGCCUAUGAGUUUAAGGGUGGUUAUACAUUAGGACAUUUUAAGGGAAUAAAAAGUUGUCCCUUGUGUCACUGCCCUAAGUCUUAAAACUACUUCAUAUAACAUAUACCCGUCAUGAAAACAUCAAGUUUCUGAGGACAGUCCUAAGAAAAAAAGAAAAGAAAAGAAAAAAAACCCUCCUUUAACUUUCAACAACAUCGUCCCUUGCUCUAUUUACCAUGUUGUACUGCAUGACUGAAAUCGUGAUCUUUGCACUGUGUGACAGUUUUCACUUUGAGGCAGAUAUCUGGUUAGUAUUACAUCCCCAGUGCAUGAUGUGAACUGCAACAUCAGCCUCUUCUUUUUUUUUUUUUUUUUUUUUUAAAGGAGAUUCAUACUUGAUUUAUUGUGAGUUUGUUUACUUGCACAUUUGAAUAUCCCCGAUUAAAUUCGGGACUCUGAAGUUUUACUGUUUGAAGUGUGAUAGAUGUAAACACCAAAACCCCUUUUACAAUAGCCUGAAUACUGUAAUGUCCCAAUGUUACAAAACUGUUGUUAGCCAGGUAGUUAGGUGAUUAAAAUGCCAUGCUCUGUUAAUUGUUUUUUGCAAGUAUGUGUUAGUCUGUAUCCAUGGUAAUAGUUGAAAUACUGUAUUCUGUUGUACAGGGGUAUUUGUGAUCAGUAUAUGAAGCUGCCUAGAAACAGUUUCUCCUGCUCAGCUAGGAUACAAAUUCUUUGUUGGACUACUGUUUGCAUUAACCCCCCCCCCAUCUUCUUCCAUUUUAAUGCACUCUGAAUCUGAACCAAAGCAUUAACUUCAAGGUAGCUGCUCUGAGCUGCAUGAGAUAUUUCCUUUCAUGCAAAUAUGCAACGAAAUGCUUCAUAUAUCAUGGUUUCUGUUUGUUUUGUCCAACUGGUGAAAUAUUUUAUAUGUUUCUAGCAAAUAUAAUUUUGUAACAGUGUGUUUCUUCAUAUAAUAUCUAUAUCCAGCACAUCAUCAUGCUUAAAACUAAUAUUCUCUUUUCACUGUUGUGUUGCUUUUGCCAUUUCAAAAUGACCUCACCAGAUGGGUUCAAACAUAGUGCUAAAAGGGCGUAACACGAUGUACGUAUACUGUACUUUUACUCCAAUAGCAUCAGCCACAAUGGAAAUAGCAAAGUAGGAUCCAUUGCCCGUAUGAAAAGCUGGAAUUCUUGGAGCUAAACACUACAAAGCUCUUGUCUAACUAAGUUCGCAUGAGUUCCCCCGUUGCUGCCUCAUUAAGCCUCUUUUCUUAUGUUGGGGUGUAUUAAUAGCUCAAGUGGAGGAAGAGGAAGAGUGUCCUAUAUUGAGCUCCCCUCUGGGAGCCAGGCUCUUUUCGCUGAUGUGCUGCAGUGCUGUUUGUUCCAAAGAAAAUACCGUGGUCCGCUCGCUGCCACUGUAGGACCCAGCUCACUUUCUUUGUAGGGAAACUACCAGUAUAUCACAGGAAAGGGUUGGUUCAGUUCCAGCAUCUAUUGGGGCUGAUUUUCAAACUAGCCCCCGCCUGCCCACCC